GCGUUAUGUUAACUGCAACAACCUUUUCAGGCUGCGGUCACUAUGGGAAAGCAAUUCGGGAACCUCGCCAAAAUCAAUGGCAUUGUCUACUUCCGACUUAGUCCAUACGAACAGAAAGCCUUUAAGGGAAUGAUUUCUGAGGGUGUACCGAAUCUGAUUCGCCGUAUCAAUGAUCGUGUAUUUCGAAUUGCACCUUUCUUCAUGUGUACCUAUUUGAUUAUAAGUUGGGCCAAGGAAAAGAAUAAGUCUCUUUCUCGCAAGAAUCCCAAAGACUACGAGAAUGAUGUGUAAAAUAUAAGAAUAAAUCCUUAGCUAAUUUAUAGCUUUAUCAUAAAAAAUAAAACAGUUAAAUUAAUAUUUUAUCUCCAACAUUGUGAAAAAUAAUGUUGUGAGUUAAUAAACUAUAUACAAACUGGAA